CAGCCAUCACUUGUGUAUUAUAUAAACACCAACACUUCGUCGUGGAGCUUCAGUCUCUGGGUUUCUCCCACUGCGAGAUAACUUCGGUCACUUAUUUCCCAUCGUUUCUCGCUUUCACGUCGUUUGUGUCCAGCUCCCUCUCGGCUUAAAGUCAAAAUGUUUCCUUUUGCGUUGUUUUCAGCGACCACCUGGACGUUGUUGGCUCUCUUUUUCGCCCUUUUGUUACUGUAUGGCGUUUGGCCAUAUAGGUCGUUCGAAAAACUGAAGAUACCCGGACCACGACCGUUGCCUUUUAUCGGAACCAUGCUAUACUUCAGAAAGGGAUUGAUUUCUUUUGACCGGAAAUGCCAAACCAUGUACGGAGAUGUUUGGAGGUUAUUUGAUGGACGAGCACCUCUUAUAUUGGUGACGGACCCUGAGAUUAUUAAAACUGUGAUGGUGAAGGAGUGCUACUCUGUUUUUACCAACCGCAGGGAUGCUUUAGUGGCAGGACCCUUGUCAGAUGCAAUUACUACAGUGAAAGAUGAAAGGUGGAAAAGAAUUCGGAACACUUUGUCGCCGUGCUUCACCAGUGGCAGACUGAAACAGGUUUUUCCCGUAGUUGUUCGCUAUGCAGACCGCCUCCUUGAAAAACUCGGUCAGCAAAAUUUGGAGGAGUCUAUUGAUGUCAAACAGUUCAUGGCACCUUACAGUUUGGACGUUGUGACGAGUGCAUCUUUCAGUGUAGACGCAGACUCCAUAAACAAUCCAGAAGACCCACUUAAUGUUCAUCUCAAGGAGAUUCUUAACUUUAAGCUUUGGCCUAUUUUCUUAUUAAUGAUGUUUCCCUUUAGUUCCCGUCUGUUGGAGCUUCUAAAUAUUGACUUUAUGCCCAGAAAGAGUGUGGAUUAUUUCUACAACAUCCUCAAGAAAUUUAAAGACCAGCAUCAUUCUGAUGAAUCUAUCCGGGCAGACUUCCUGCAGGUGAUGAUUGAGAGUGAGAUAGCAGAGUCAGACAUCAAGAGUGAACAAGAUCAGCCAAAGAAAGGUUUGACUGAACAUGAGAUUCUGUCCCAGGCCUUCAUUUUCAUCUUUGGUGGUUAUGAGACCACCACUGUCACUCUCACUUACGUCUUGUACAACCUGGCCACCAACCCUGAUGUGUUGAAAACCUUGCAUGAGGAAAUCGAUGCUAACCUCCCGAAAGAUACUCCUGUUUCAUACGAGAAUGUUGUUGGUCUAGAGUACCUGGACCAGGUUAUUUGCGAGUCACAGCGUUUGAUACCCACGGCCCCUCGGCUUGAGAGGAUGUGCAAAAAAACUGUCCAGGUCAAUGGCCUCACCAUCCCUGAAGGAACCCUAGUUGCGAUUCCUACGCACCUUCUACACAAGGACCCACGUUACUGGAGCUCACCUGAGCUUUUCAGACCAGAGAGGUUCAGUAAGGACAGUGGGGAGGAGAUCAACCCCUACGCCUACAUGCCGUUUGGGCUCGGUCCUCGCAACUGCAUUGGGAUGCGCUACGCUGUCCUCGUCAUGAAGAUGGUUAUUGUCCGUCUCCUGCAGAGUUACACUGUGGAAACGUGCAAAGACACCAUGAUUCCGUUGGAGUUUGACUGGAAGUUGCAGCCAUUAAAGCCAGUUAAACUCCGUUUUUUUCCCAGACAGCAGUAGUCCAGGAGGGAGCAACUCCGAAUACAUCUUGAUUCUGACAUCAGCUCAUUUGUUUUGUAGCUUAAACAUCUGGCCGCUGCGGACAAGAUGACACUUAAUGAUUGCACUGCAAGUGUUUAUUGACCUACUACUCAUAAACUUAAAGUACUUACUUUGCUUUUGGACAUCUGAUGUUUUUAUGCACUCUUGAUGAAUCUGAUGUUUUUUUUUAUUCAAUUCUUUACUUUUCUAUAAAUCGUAUUGAAUGUUAAUUUACAGGAAUUUACAUAAUGUUAGAAAUGAUCAGAUAAAUCUUUAUUAGUCCCAGAGUGGGGCAAUGUUCGCUUUGAGUAUCUUCUGUUGAAAGAAAAAUGCCUGAAUGACCUUUUCGUAUGUACAAUAAAUUUUGCAUUAGCUUUG